AGAGAAGGUAGACAGCUACUACUGUGUCCUUUUCAAUGAUGAACAUCACUCUUACGAUCAUGUCAUCUUUAGCCUGCAAAGGGCACUUGGCUGCGAACUCGGUGAAGCCCAGUUGCAUACUACUGCCAUAGAUAAAGAGGGUCGUAGAGCUGUUAAGGCAGGACAUUAUGCCUCUUGUCAGGAAGCAAAAGAAGAAAUCAAGAGGCAUUCUGAAAAUAUUUCUCAACGACCACUUCAUGCGGAGGUUCUGCAUGCUGAUGUUAUGGCUCACCAGAAGUUUGCCCUGCGCCUUGGUUCUUGGCUGAACAAACUCAUGAGCUAUUCAAGUGACUUUCGCCAGAUCUUCUGUCAAAUAUGUCUCAGAGAAGAAGCUGGAUCUGAAAAGCCGUGCUUCAUAAGCAAGUUGAUGCUAUGGGAUGCAAAACUUCAUAAAGGGGCAAGGAAGGUUCUUCAUGAACUUAUCUUCAGUAGUUUUUUCAUGGAAAUGGAAUACAAAAAACUUUUUGCUGUGGAAUUUGUGAAGUAUUACAAGGCAUUGCAAAAAGAAUACAUCAGUGAUGAUCAUGACAGAGUUCUCUCUGUGACAGCACUCUCAGUUCAGAUGUUCACUGUACCUACUCUGGCCCGACAUCUUAUUGAAGAGCAAAACGUAAUCACCACCAUUACAGAGACACUGCUAGAAGUGCUUCCAGAGUACCUAGACAAAAAUGACAAGUUCAACUUCCAAGGUUACAGUCAGGACAAACUGAACCGGGUAUAUGCAGUAAUAUAUGACCUCAGAUAUGUCUUAGUCAGCAAGCCUACAUUAUGGACAGACCGUCUGAGGGAGCGGUUUUUAGAAGGAUUUGUUUCUUUCCUAAGGAUUCUAACUUGCAUGCAGGGAAUGGAGGAGAUAAAAAGACAGAUUGGUCAGCACAUUGAGGUGGACCCUGACUGGGAAGCAGCUAUUGCUAUACAGAUGCAGCUCAAGAACAUUCUUUUGAUGUUCCAGGAGUGGUGUGCCUGUGACGAAGAGCUGUUGCUCAAGGCCUACAGCGAAUGUCAUAAAGCUGUAAUGAGGUGCAGCACAAAUGGCCGCUCACGGGAAAAGACAGUGUUUCACUUGUGUGGCCAUACUCUGGAAAGCAGACCUUACAGAGUGUCUGCAGAUCCUGUCAGCAUACAUUUACCGCUGUCUAGGACUCUUGCUGGUCUUCAUGUACGAUUAAGCAAGACCGGAACCAUCUCAAGAUUGCACGAGUUUGUUUCUCCUGAAGAAUUUCAAGUGGAGCUGCUAGUAGAAUAUCCUCUGCGAUGUCUUGUCUUGGUUGCUCAGGUUGCUGCAGAGAUGUGGAGGAGGAAUGGGCUCUCCCUGAUAAGCCAGGUAUUCUAUUAUCAAGAUGUUAAAUGCAGAGAAGAGAUGUAUGACAAAGACAUCAUCAUGCUCCAGAUAGGUGCAUCUCUUAUGGAUCCAAACCAGUUCCUCCUGCUGAUACUGCAGAGAUAUGAGCUUGCUGAUGCUUUCAAAAAGAUGAAGCCCACCAAAGAUCAGGAUUUGAUCAAACAAUAUAACGUGUUAAUAGAAGAGAUGCUACAGAUUCUCAUCUAUGUUGUCGGGGAAAGAUACGUGCCUGGAGUGAGUAAUGUGACAAAAGAAGAUGUUAUCAUGAGAGAAAUCAUCCAUCUGCUAUGUAUUGAACCAAUGGCUCACAGUGCAAUUACCAAGUCCUUGCCUGAAAAUGAGAACAAUGAAACUGGCUUGGAGAGUGUAAUUGAUAAAGUGGCUACAUUUAAGAAACCGGGUGUGUCUGGCCAUGGAGUUUAUGAACUGAAAGAUGAAUGCUUGAAGGAGUUCAAUAUGUUCUUUUAUCACUAUACUAAGACCCAGCACAGCAAGGCUGAACAUACACAAAAGAAAAGAAGAAAGCAAGAAAACAGAGAUGAAG